ACAGGGGUUUAUCUAAGCGACGGCUUAUCCAAAGACGGCUCACUUAUCGCCACAAGCGUAUGGUCAGAACCAGGCUCUACACUUCUUCUCGACAAGGAGCAUGACCUCCGGAGCUAUAUAGAGACACCCUCGCAGGAUCGCGCGCCAGAGCGAUCCUGAGACCCACCCGCAUCGCACCUCCCGCCGCUCUUGCAAGCAGAAUUAUCAUGUCCUUCGAGAAUAGAGCCCCUGCCACCGCGACCUCCGUCCAGGAGACCACCCACGCGAAGAUCCCUCCCUUCAAGCACCCUCUGGACCCCCUGACUCCCGAUGAGAUCGUCCAAGUCGGGCUGGCCGUGCGUCGGUAUACAGCUGCGAAGACGGACAUCAAAGCGAUCAGGUUCAUCACCAGCUACCUGCUGCCGCCGCCCAAGAAGGCCGUCCUCGCAUUCCUGGGCAUACCGCUCAAUCCCGGAGAGAAGGCGGAGCCAGCGCCCCAGAUCGUGCGCAAAGCAGAGGCUGAUUUCUGUGAUGUAGUCACUGGCGCCUCGUACAACACCAUCCUCUCGCUGAAGGACGGACAAUGGGAAGUCAACACGGUUGAGAAGCUCCCAGAGGGCGUGCAGCCGCAGAUCACAGUGGAAGAGCUGCUCCUCUGUGAGAAGAUCAUCCGCGAGGACAAGAAGGUCCAGAAGCUAGCCGCCGACGUUGCCAGGCAUAACCCCGAGCAGCUCCACGCCGACGGCUGGGCGAUCGGGUACGACGACCGCUUCCCGAAGAAGGCGCGCAUCCAGCAGGCCCUGCUGUUCGCUCGCUUCUCCCAGCAUGACAACCUCUACGCACACCCAAUGGACUUCAUCCCCGUCGUCGACUCCCUCGCCCAGAAAGUCAUCCACAUCGACUUCCCUCCCCGGUACCUCCCCCAGGCCUCCCCCACCUCCUCGCUCUACAAGGAUUACGGCGUGGACAGCGCGUUAUCCGCGUCUUCCACCGCGGCGCCCCCGCUCGACGUGGACGAGCUCGAAGCCGCACAGCGCGCGCGGAUCCCGCCCCCGCGCGAGGCAUGGGACUUCCUGCCCGACCUCAUGGCGCAGAAGCCGGGCGAGACCUUCAAGGUGCGAGACGACCUCAAGCCGCUGCACGUCGUCCAGCCGGAGGGCGUCAGCUUCACGGUGGACGGGCAUGUGCUCGCGUGGCAGAAGUGGAAGAUGCACAUCGCGUUCCAUCACCGCGAGGGCAUCGCGAUUUCGACGAUCACGUAUGACGACGACGGCGAGGUGCGCCCGAUCUUUUACAGGCUGUCGCUUGCGGAGAUGGUCGUGCCGUACGGCGCGCCGGAGCACCCGCACCCGCGGAAACACGCCUUCGAUGCCGGCGAGUACGGUAUGGGGACGAUGGCGAACGAGUUAUCACUGGGCUGUGAUUGCCUCGGACAGAUCCACUAUCUGGUACGCUCUGAACCCUGGUGCCUACACGCACACGAUGGUAGCGCCGUCGUGAUCAAGAACGUCAUCUGCAUCCACGAAGAGGACGCAGGGCUGCUCUGGAAACACACCGACUUCCGUGUAGGCGGCCGUGCCCACGCCGUGCGGAGCCGCCGACUCGUCGUCAGCAUGAUCUGCACGCUGGCGAACUACGAAUACAUCUGGAACUGGUUCUUCUACCAGGACGGCAACAUCGAGAUGGAGGUGCGCCUCACCGGCAUCCUCCAGGUGUACGUCAAGGCGGACGACGAGCCGACGCCCUUCGGCACGACGCUCGCGCCGGGCAUCAACGCGCACUACCACCAACACAUCUUCUCCGUGCGCGUCGACCCGAUGGUCGACGGCCUGCAGAACAGUGUCGUCGAGACGGACGUCGUCUCCCUCCCGCCCGACGCGCGCUCCAACCACGCGGGCAACGCGUUCCUCACGCAGAGCACGACGAUCGCGCGCGCGCGCGACGGCGGGCGCGACAUCAACUACGAGGGCGACCGCCGCUGGGCGAUCGUCAACCCGAAGCGGCGCCACCCGUACUCGGGCAAGCUCGCGGGGUACACGAUCGCGGGCAUGCGCGGCGCGAGCGUCCCGCUGAAGACGCGCGAGGGGGGCAUCGUCGCGACGCGCGCGCCGUUCGCGACGAAGCCGCUCUGGGUCGUGCGCGACGUCGAGACGGAGAGGGGCGGGCGGAUGUGGCCGAGCGGGAAGUACAUGCCGCAGACGCGCGAGACGCCGGCGGAUUCGGUCGCGGGGUGGGUGCAGGGAGAUGAUAGCCUCGAGGAGGAGGAUAUCUUGCUGUUCCUUACCACAGGUAUCACGCACAUUCCGAGGCCCGAAGACUGGCCGGUCAUGCCUGCCGAGCACGUCCGGGUCGUCUUCAGGCCCACCAACUUCUUCAAGUCUAACCCCAGCAUGGACGUCCCUGGCGCGAACGAUUCCCGCAGCGUUGCGGCGUUCUCGCAGGACGGCGGUGCGUGCUGUGCCCACUGAGCGGCGUAGUGCCGCAUGAACGCAAAUGUAUACACCAAUGAACACCACCGCCUUGCGCUGUACUUGUACAAACAUAGCCCGACCGCUCAACAGUUAAAAUGUUGUAUUCUGGACCACCCAUGAAUCCUAUUGGGAACAUUGUUGCAUUCAGCGUUUGACACUGAUGCGAAGUAGAGGGGCGAUCUCU